AUGGAAAUGGAGAGUUCUCGAAGACCAUUCGAUAGAUCUAUUAGAGAAUCGGGUCAGCUGCAGCAUCAAGAGCUUGUGAGUCAGUACAAGACUGCUCUGGCCGAGCUGACCUUUAAUUCAAAACCGAUUAUUACUAACUUGACCAUAAUUGCUGGAGAGAAUUCGCAUGCUGCCAAGGCCAUCGCUGCAACCAUCUGCACCAAUAUUCUUGAGGUUCCUGCUGAGCAAAAGCUACCAUCACUCUAUCUUCUAGACAGUAUUGUGAAGAAUAUUGGGAGGGAUUACAUCAAAUACUUUGGUGCCAGGCUCCCUGAGGUUUUCUGCAAGGCAUAUAGACAGGUUGACCCUUCAAUACAUUCUGGUAUGCGACAUCUUUUUGGAACUUGGAAAGGAGUGUUCCCUCUGCAGCCACUUCAAAUGAUUGAGAAAGAACUUGGUUUUACACCUGCUGUCAAUGGUUCAUCUUCUGGAACGACAACAUCUCGGCCUGAUCCACAAUCUCAACGCCCAGCACACAGUAUCCAUGUAAAUCCCAAGUAUCUAGAGGAGAGGCAGCGUCUUCAGCAGUCUAGCAGAGCGAAAGUAGCAACCAAUAACAUUAAGGGGUCCCUUGGUGGUUCACCUGAAGAUGCAGAGGGACUGGACAGAACAGCCAGGGGUAGUUCUGGGAUGCCAUGGACUGAUCCUCCUGUUAAGAUACAUGAUAUUCAGCAUCCUCAAAGAGACGCUCUAAGUGGACCUGUUAGAGAGAAGAACAUUGUGCCUGCACAUGGAGAUUAUGAAGGUGGUUCUGAUCUUCUAAGGCGUUCAGGCUUGGGAGUUGGACGAUCCCGUGAGAGGAUUACGGAGCAAGGAUUUGAAAAGCCUGGGUUUGGAGCUGGUGCCACCGUCACAGAGACAAUAUCCAGCCAAAAGAAUGGUUUUGAUAUCAAGCAUGGAUUUCCAAAUUAUCCAGUUUCUAGAUCAGCAAUCUUUGAUGCACAUCUACGGCCAACACAUGGCCUUGCAAGUAGAAGCAAUAGUGUGAUGAAUAAAAGCUGGAAGAAUUCUGAGGAAGAGGAAUACAUGUGGGAUGAUAUGAACUCUAGACCGGCGGAUCAUGGUGCAACCAAUAAUGCAAGGAAAGAUCUUUGGACACCUGAUGGUAUUGAAAAAUUGGACUUUGAAAGCCAGCUUCGGAAACCACAAAGCGAACUUGAUGCUGGUUCAAGGGUGGAUAGGGAGCCUUCAACUGAUUCUCUAUCCACAGAAAAAGGGAGCAAGCUACUUUUGGGCAUCGAAUGCCAUCAAUGUGGUCGCAGGAGGCACAUUUAA